AUGAACGUUUACUACGAAGAUUUUUUUAAUUGGAAUUCCUAUGAGACUUUCAAAAUAUGUAAUCUCGAAAACCAGUCUUCGAAAUUUCGCGUGCAAGGUGAAAUUGUAAACAUUAUGAGAAUAGAUUCUAAGCACCGAAACCUUCAGUACCAGUUGAAAGUAAUGGAUGAAACAGGUGUCUUGAAAAUAAAAUACAAUGUAAAAUCGUCUUCUCCUUGCUAUAAAACCUUGCGACACUUAAAAUUAGGAAAUGUUGUCCAGGUGUACAGCAACAUCGUAACGGGUCGAUCAUCUUUGAAUGAAUGGCGGCUUGCUUUGUGUGCUGAGGAUGCCGAAAGUAAGAUUGAGAUCAUUUCAGAAGAUAGCUUGAAAAGAGAUUUUCUCUUCUUGGACCUUUCAAAUCUGUCUCCUCUUCGUUUAUUGAAAGAUAUGCAAACAGCUACAGCAGUUCAUGCUCUUGUUGCUCUGCAGUGGAAGCAUGAUGUCGAGAACUAUCAAUGUGGAGCAGGAAUAAAAAGAGUAAAAAGGCUGAUUGAGGUAACCGAUGGCUUUUACUCUGCAAUUCUAAUUUUACACGACGAGCCACUUGUAUUCGCAAGCGAAGAAUGGAAUGCUCAGACUGUGCUGUAUAUUACACAUAUGAAUGUCUAUGCCGAUGCGCAUGGUCUCCCUGAAUUAAACAUAGAAGAUGCCGAAGUCCAAGUUCGUUGCUUAAAUCACAAUAAAAUAGGCGAAUUUUCUAGGAUUGUCCAUGAUCAAUUAAAGCUUUUAAUACAUGAUUCAAGCAAACGAUGGACUCUAAAGGCACUUGAAGAGCAAACCGUCUCCUCGGGACUUCAAGUCAUUGGGGUUGUAAAUGUUUUAAUUGUGAAAAGCAAAAUCAGAAAACUAUUAAAUUCAAAGAAUCUUUUUAUACAAGCUGACUCGGGAGCUUUAAAGUUUAACAAUUUUGUUGAAACCAUUAUUGAUGAAAGUGGUUGCUUACAGCAUCCCAAGUUUCAUUCAACCCUUUUGGAGUUUCUUUUAGGUUACUCUCCAGAAGAAGUGAAUGGAAUGAAUGAGUCUGAAAUUUGCCAGUUAGAGGAAAUAUUCUUGUAUCGUCGCUUCAACCUUGUAGCUCGAGCGUACGGCAACAUAAUUGAAUUCUUUGAAUCUAAAAGCCUUCAAACAGAAUAUGAUGAUGAUGGACAAUUCAUUAAUUGGACUAUCUAA